AUGGGAACAGGUUUGUGGCUGUUGUGUUUGUUGGUGAUUCUUGCUGCUUCAUGUCGGGGCAUCAGACAGUGUCUGGGUGGAAUAUCGAUCAAUGUGAUCCUUCUGCAUGAUGAAGAAUCUCCCUGGAGUCUGAAGUUUGUGAAAAGAGAAAUACUUAAGGCUUUAGAGACGGAUUCAAGCAUCAAUGCUGCCGAAGAUGUUGGGUUUAAUCUCACGGCUACCUACAGCGGGUUAAACACAACCUUUUAUCGACAAGGUGGCUGCCAGAGCACCACAUGUGAGGGAGUGGACGAGCUCAAGAAACUGAUAGUGAAAUCCGUGGGAUGUGCCAUGCUUGGGCCCAUCUGCACCUAUGCUACCUACCAAAUGUUUGAUGCAGAAAAAGGUCUGAAGGUUGAUACGCCCAUCCUUUCAGCAGGAAGCUUUGGUCCCUCCUGCGACUACACACUCAACCUGCAGCGCCUCCUGCCACCAGCACGCAAGAUCUCUGACUUUUUCAUCCAUUUUUGGAUAAACAACAACAUCAUCAAACCUCAAUGGAAGACAGCCUAUGUUUACAAGAAACAGAGCAACACUGAGGACUGCUUUUGGUGA